AUGGCUGAUGGUGGCUCCUAUCCGGGAAUCGUCACCCAACGUCCGGGAGGAGUUGGGAGAAAUCAUGCUGAUGUGCUGGCUAGGUUAGGCCUUCAUUCGACCCUUUUGACCCAUUUUGGUGACGAUGAGAACGGGAAUUAUCUCAAGAGAACUGGGGAGCAUAUUGAUCUUUCAAGAUGUCAAACAGUGCCCGUUCCCUCUGCCACCUAUUUUGCGAUGAAUGUCAAAGGAAAUGUGAGAUAUGGGAUCUCAUCGAUUGAGAAAAUUAUGGCCACGCUUACAACAGAUAUUAUCCGACAAAACCGCGAUCUCCUAGCUACUUCCGACUUUUUUGUGAUUGAUGGGAAUGUACGCGUGGAAACACUGAAAUUUGCGAUUGAACAAGCUGCACAAUUGAAUGUUCCAGUCUGGUUUGAGCCAACCGAUAUCGACAAAAUGCAGAAGUUGUUCAAAAGUGAGUUGAUCGAUAAAGUGGCCGUUACGUCGCCAAAUCGGAACGAGUUUCGAGAGUUAUGUCGUUUUGCUGGAGUUUCAAUUAGCGAAAAAGAUCUUUCUUCUCCAAAAUCUGUACAAGAUUUCAUCACCAAAAAUCGUCAAUUCUUUCAAAACUUUAAGCAUUUGAUUGUUACAAUGGGUGGAGAAGGGGUUGUUGUUUGUUCGAGAGAAAAGGAUGAUCUCCAUAUUUUGACACGAUCGGCUCCUCUGGCUGAUGCAGAAGUUGUUUCCGUUUCUGGGGCUGGUGAUUGUUGGAACGGUGGAUUCUUGGCUGGUUGGUUGUUGGGGAAAACGGUGGAAGAGAGAAUCGAUCUCGCUCAAGAAACGGCACGAAAAUCAUUGAAAAGCACAUUUGCUGUACCUGAAACGAUUCAGUCGUUGAUU